AUGUUAAAUCAAUACACCACCAAUGAAAUGCCACUUGGUGUUAGACUAGCUUUGACCGGAGUAGAAAAUGAGAUGAGAAUCUCAUGGUAUACAUCUAGUCAAGGUGAUGCCCCAAGUGUACAAUAUUCUACUACCCCAUUCAAUCCUUCCGAUAUGGAUGCCCAAGCAAUGGAAGUUGCUUCCAACAAUCAAUACACAGAGAUUGCCUGGAAAGGUUUUUCAGUCUCUGCUGUUCUCACUCAACUUACUCCUUUAACAACAUACUACUAUUCAGUAGGUGACAAGUCGGUCGGCAUUUGGAGUCCUCUAUAUAACUUCACUACACAUUUGGAAGAUGACGGAACUUUCACUCCUUUCACCUUUGUUUCCUAUGGAGAUAUGGGUCUUGGUGGUGGAUUUAACUUUACCAUUGCCAACAUUGUAAAUAGAAUCGAUGAAUUGUCAUUCGCUCUUCAUAUUGGUGAUAUUGCCUAUGCUGAUAUUCGAGAUGCUGGAGAAUUACUUUUUGGAAAUCAAACUGUUUGGAAUGAAUUCUUGGCUGAGUUGACACCAAUCUCAACAAAGAUCCCUUAUAUGACUGCAAUCGGAAACCAUGAUCUUUUCAGUAUUGCCAGUGGUGUCUAUAGAAAGACUUUUUUGAUGCCAGGGUCCAAUGACGGUAAGACUUGGUAUUCUUUCGACUAUAAUGGUGUCCACUUUGUUGCUGUGUCGACAGAACAUGAUUACAUUCCAACUUCAAGUCAAUACCGUUGGUUAGAGAAUGAACUAAAGAAUUUCCGUGAAAACAAUCCAACAGGUUGGCUCAUCGUAUAUGCCCAUCGUCCAGUUUACUGCAGUGCUCAUUAUCCAUGGUGUGAUGGUCGUGAUCCGUUCAAGGUUGUUUAUGUUGAUAGUAUCGAACAUUUAUAUCAAAAGUAUAAUGUUGAUGUAUAUUUAAGUGGACAUUCACAUGUUUAUGAGAGAUCGUUACCUGUAUAUAAAAAUCAAGUUCUCGGUGACUACAGUUCACCAAAGGCACCAAUUCAUUUAGUAGUAGGUACCGGUGGAAAUCAAGAAGGCAUCUUACAUUCAUGGCAACCACAACCCAACUGGUCAUCCGGAACCAGACUAUUAACAACUGGUUACGGUCUUAUGAGUUUCGUAAAUGAAACCACUCUACAUUGGCAAUUCGUAAAAGAUACAACCAACCAAGUAUUAGAUGAACUAUAUAUAACCAAAGGUUAUUUCAAUUAA